UUGAACUAUUCGAUCAUCAUGUGUUGCAAAUGCCAGGUUCGCUUUUCGAUAGAUAUUACUCAUUUCCCUUCGGCAAGGGACAUGGAAGUUGAAACAAUAUCCUGAUGUUUCUAUUACAUUUCAAACCCAUGGAUUUAAUUGUUUAUUGUCUAAAAAUCUUCUUUGCUAACAGUUAUAUUCUCCUGGGAGAGUUAUAGGAGUGUUGACUAGAUUGUAAAUAUAUAAGGGUAAUGUGCUAAUAUUAAAGUACACAUUGUUGAGUCUGGUAUCCUUUCAAAAUGUACAAGAAAAGUGAUUUGGUACAUUUUUUCAUUAUUUUUUUAUGAUAAUAUAACAAAAAAUCGUUCUGAGAACUGCAUUGGAUUUAGGAUAAAUCGGUGUUAUGUCUCAUGACAUUUGCAGUGACGAACAACUCGUGACGUAAUGUCACUUUUGGAAAACCUUGGAUUUAUAUGUCUUGUUAUUACCGUGGCGACCAUGUUUAUCAGUUUUGUGACGCCAUAUUGGGUAGUGGAUGAUGGUGAUUAUAUCAUGAAACCGGUGCACAAAGGUUUGUUAGCGAAUUGUGAGGAGGACAUGUGUACUUGGAUUUUUAAAGAUGAGAGGAUUAGCAGAGAGUUUCCAGCAUGGUUCAAAGCGACGCAGGGCUUGAUGUCAGUGGCACUGGCCCUUGGACUUAUUGCUCUCCUGGUCGCCACCCUUUCCCUCUGUUGUACGUGCCACAGCUGUAACCCUCACCAUCCAAUCUGUGGAUUCCUCAUCAUCGCAUCUGUGUCUAUAGCGGUAGCCAUCGUGGUUUUCGGGAUCAAUGCGAAGAAUGAAUGGGGCAUCGACUUCCAGAUGGAGCUAAUGUCUAGCGGCCGUUUCGGGUGGUCAUUUUGGACGGCAGUAGGUGCUGCGGCCAGCGCCCUGCUGACUUCUACCAUCUACUGUUGUAUGGACAGAAAUAGACACUGAAUAGAGCAAUUGUACGGAUGAAGGCGAAACGGUUCCUACUGAAUUUUUCCUAUGCUCUUCUUCGCUAAUAAGGAUUCCUUCGAGUCUAAGACCGCUGGGUUUUAAAAUUGAACAUUUUCGUGUAAAUAUUGUUUACACUCUGGUUAUACAAUUAGUAUACAUUUUAUUUUCAAUCCAAAUACCCAUUUAAAUACCACAAAUGUUAUGUAAUGCUAUGAUAUACACUGGAAGAAUAUAACAAAACCGAUUUAUAAGCAGGUGCAAACCUCUUUUUAUGAAUGCAAAUUAAUCACCAGUGUACAGAUAGUUUUAAAAGAUUGCAGUUAGUUCUGGCAGCCAUUAUAAUUAUCUUGUGGUUAUUUUGUUAUGAGAGAUUAAGUCAUGUUUAUGAAUAGCUAUCAGUGAGCAUACACGAAAUGGCACUACAGUCAUUAUAGUCAAGACUACCUAAAUGUAAUGUUACAUGGAACUUUUCAGCUUUCGCUCCCGAUUUUUGAAUCGUCUAGUUAGAUAGUAUGUAUAUUUUACAUUACAGUUUAUUAUUUUGAAUAUUGUUGAUCUAUGUCGUAUAUUUACAAUUGUAUAUAUUACGUGUUUUGUGAGAAAAGUGUUUCAUUUCAUGCUCAUUUUACAUUUCAUUAGCUGUGCAUACAAAGCUAAGAUAGAUAUUAUGUCAUAAAGAAAUAGUUUUAUAUAUGGCUGUUUUACUAGACUCUUCUACUAAAACGAAUAAAAUAUAUUGU